UUUCCUUCUCUUGCUCUCCUGCUUGUUGCUGAAUCUCGUGCUCCUGAUCUAAGGACACCUAGAAACGUUUUCGGUCCGGCGGAGGUGCGAGUGCGUGCGUGCGUGAUCUCCAUGUCUUGGGCGUGAUUCUCCCGGACUCGUCAAAACGGCUACCAGCGACAGCACAUCGAGUGGCAGCUGUAGCUCUGCCGAAAUUCCGUGUUCGGGGACCACGAACAUGUUGGACAGUCCCUAUCAGACUUCUCCGAACUCUUCUCCCAUGUUGUCCAUACUCGACAGGCAAAACUUAAUGCUGGGGAACCCCCAGCUAGCAGCUCUGCACUCCAUGGCAGACGUGAAAGCUGCUUAUGCCCAAGCUCAGCAGGCGUUCAAAUGCCCGACGACGACUUCGGCAGCGACCACACCCCACAGUAUAGACCAGAUCUUGGGCAGAGGCUCGAUGGGUGCGAGCUUGCCCCUCAUGGCAGUUCCACCCCGACUAUCAGUGGGCUCCACGGCGGCAUCCAUGUAUUUGAACCCGGCUGCUGCUGCCGCUGCGGCCGCUGCUUCUCUUGCUGGGAAAGGCGGGACUUUAGCAGAAUUAGCCACAAGACAUGGUGUUUACUGGCCCGGAUUGCAAGGCAUGCUUCAAAACCCCUCAGUGUGGAGAGAACGCCUCGGCCUCUCAGCAUUCUCGCCUGGUGGUCACGGUCUCACCGAUAAAGACGGGAAGAAGAAGCACACUCGACCCACUUUCUCGGGGCAGCAAAUUUUUGCCCUGGAGAAGACAUUCGAGCAGACCAAAUACCUAGCUGGACCCGAAAGGGCCAAGCUCGCCUACGCCCUCGGCAUGACCGAGAGCCAGGUCAAGGUGUGGUUCCAGAACCGGCGAACGAAAUGGCGAAAGAAGCACGCAGCGGAGAUGGCAUCCGCGAAAAGGAAGCAGGAGGAAGCCGCAGACAAAUUCCUCUCUUCCCCUUCUGCGGAAGGGAGGGGAGGGGGUGGAAGCAGCGUGGAGGACGAAGACGAGUUCUCCGAUUCGGCCUCCAAGCGCCGCAAAAUCCAUGGUGGUGAUCCCGACGGCUCAGGCGGGAAUCCCCGGAGCAAAGAGUGCGAGGCUCUUCAUCUCCAUCCCCGCAUUAUAAGCCCCCGUCUUCUUCAAUAUAGCGUCAUGGAGGCUGCUGUGGCUGCAGAGCUCCUCCCCACAGAUGAACUACUCAAAGCAAGUGAGACAUUCCCACUGAAGCACACCGUGAGCCUCAAGCAAGAGACGUCUGUUCACGUGGUGCAAGUGAACAUGGCUAUACGAUGCAAGCAUCAUAUGGCCAUGCCCGACCACAAGACGCAGGCGAGCAUGGCCAUAUGA